AGUGUUUGGACCUUCGCACGCACACUUCCCGAAUCAAAUUCGGUGCUUCCGAAAGCCAUGCGUCUAUGGCGGCAGCAGGGUCAGCGUUGGGAGAUGCGUCGCCUCCACAACGUUGCUGCAACCUACCUGCGCGAUGCCCAGCAAUUCGUGUCGCCAAUUCUUUCUUCGCGCUGUUUUCAGUCGACAUACAAAACGGGGGCGUCGUCGUCCCCACGGGCGGUGCCGUCCGAACGCGAGGAAGAGACGCCGCCAGAACCGGUAGACAGCGAUGAGAACCUUUCUCGCCUGCGUGAGCUACUUGGCGAGGUCAGCCCGAAGGACAGCGCGGCUCUCUUUUUCAAAACGCACCUUCCCCUUCGCGAAGAGGUGUGGCCAAACCUCAUAUGCACCGCACCUCCAACCCCCAAAGCUCCAUUACCAUCAGCAGCAUCGUCAGCGGUGGCGGCGACGACGUUGACUCCUCAGUACAACAGCGUCGCAGCCAUUAAUAACAUACAAGAGCAGCAGCAGCAGCAGACAAGAGCGAAGGCGGUCCACUCGCCGCAGCACCGCGAUCCGCUGCGCUGGUACGGCGGCCCCCCAGGAGUGAUAAGAGAUGUGGACUACUUUACAGCUACCAUGGCCGCGCAGUUCAACGAUUUCUUUCGUACGCAGUAUUACAUGCAGAAGCGACCAACUGCGCCUCUGCUGCGGUGUCCGGCCUGUGCAGCCCAACUGCUUGCGGUGGAAGAGCAAGGAGCAGAAAAGAUAAGCGGUUUGCGGAGCAGCUACUUGCGUACGCCGACGUCGUCGCGGCUGUGGAUGGACCCACCAGCACUGGACCGUCACCUCAGCUGGGCACACCCGGAUCAGCUCUACACCCCUCAGGAGCUCGCCGCCUACAACGAUCAGGUGCAUCGCGAGCUUUUGUACAGCUGCGGGUUGGCUGCCGCCGUCCGCUCCGCCUGCGGCGUGGACAGGAACAACACAGCGGAGCCGUUGGAUGAGUGGAAGACGACGCCGGCGCGGCUUAUUCUUGCCGUCGACGUGGCCAACGUGGAGAUGGGCGCCUCCGCGACGGUGCUGGACAUGCUCACCUCAAGCGAGCUGUGCCGCAUCUUUGCGCAAGUCCCCGUCGCGAUCUGUGCGACGCAUGAGUUGUUCGUGCCGUUUGCGUCGAAGAUUCUGCACGCGCUUUAUCAGCUGGCGCUGCUGCACCCCUCCUCGACGCUGCACCCCUUCGCCGCGAACACCUCGCUGGAGUCGGGCGAUGUGAUGAUGUCGGCCUACGUGAAUGAAAUGAUGCUGGCGAGUCGCACACGAGCGAUACCGCCUGUGGUGCUACUCACAAACGAUGGCCAGCAGCGGCAGGUGGCGAAGGAGAUGCACGGGUCGGCGCAGCGGACCCUGUCGCCGGUGGGGGUUGUACGAUUCGCCUCGCCGGGCCUCGUGUCCAGCUUCGCAGAGGAGAUGCGAGCCGCGCUGACAGGCAGUUUUUGGAAGGUGUAA